UUGGGCGAACGGACGGACAGAUUUUCUUGCUACAAGUGUCACGAGAAGGGGCAUUACGCAAGAAAUUGCCCCACGCAAGGUGACAGUGGUCGAAGGGGUGAGAUAUUUGGAUGUUACAACUGUGGUCAUGCGGGGCAUUUUGCUCGAGAGUGUCCUAGUGGGCGACAUGGACGUUUCAGUGGCUCUUAUGGCGGAAGAGGCAACCGGAACAUAGAGUGCUAUCAGUGUGGAGGUUCAUUUUUGACAAUUUCUGCUCAAUCAGUGGGAAACUAUUGUACCGGACAUUUGGCUCGUGAAUGUCCAUCGGAACGUCGUGGUGCACAGAAGUGUUUUAAGUGUGGCAAACCUGGACAUUUCUCGCGCGAUUGCACUGACCAAUCCCAGGAUCAGAAACGUUGCUACACUUGCCACCAAGCUGGACACAUCAGCCGUGACUGCCCACAAAACAGUUCGGAUAGUCGCAACGACUAG